CCCGGACGGCAGCACCGAACCCGCUGGUAAACACCGUCAAACAACAGCCGCACCAUGUCGGUACCGCCGCUGUGACUCCACCUCCCGCCGGCAUCCAUGGUCUAUUUCCCGGGGAUGCAAGCCGAGGCGCGCAGCGUCAAGCCCGGACAGCUGGUCGAGAUGUUUGACUCGUCGUGGAGGGUGCGGAACAUUUGGGACGGGGUGAGGCUGGAGGUGGUGGAGGACCGCAGCCCGGUGGUGCUGCACAGCUUCACCCACCUGGACCCGGACCUGCCGCUGCUGGAGAGCUCGACGCAGGAGAUCGGCGAGGAGGCCGAGGAGGACGCCAUCUUCACCAUCACGCUGAGGAAGGUGCAGCUCCACCAGUCGGCCAGUAAGGGGCAGCGAUGGCUGGGCGUGGACACGGACUCGGCCCUGAGCCUCUACGAGACCUGCAAGGUGCGAACCAUCAAGGCCGGCACUCUGGAGAGGCUGGUGGAGUACAUGGUGUCGGCCUUCAGGGGCAAAGACUCCACCUACGUCACCAUCUUCCUCUGCACCUACCGGUCCUUCGCCUCCACCAAGCAGGUGCUGGAUCUCCUGCUCAACAGGUAUGCCAAGCUCCAAAACGUGCCUGCAGCCACAGCACACAGAGUGUCCCAGGACGACUGCACAGAGCUGAGAAAUACCGUCUCGUCCAUCCUGGGCGCGUGGCUGGACCAGUAUUCCGAGGACUUCUGGAGCCCUCCGAACUACGACUGUCUGCACCAGCUGCUGUCCUACCUUCACCUGCACUUCCCCGGCUCGGACCUGGAGCGCCGAGCCCGCAACCUGCUGGCCCACUUCCACCGCCGACAGCAGUGUGAGCCUGAUCCUGAUGGGGAACACAUCGGCUGCCCUUUCGCCACGCAGGAAGAGAGCGGCUUUGAGGACGAGCUUCCUGCCUUCAGUUUCCUGUCGUUCGACCCCAUCAUGGUGGCCGAGCAGUUCACGCUGAUGGACGCGGACCUGUUUAAGAAGGUGGUUCCCUACCACUGCCUCGGGGGCAUCUGGUCCCAGCGGGAUAAGAAGGGGAAGGAGCACCUGGCUCCCACCAUCAGAGCCACCGUGGCCCAGUUCAACUCCGUCACCAACUGUGUCAUCACCACCUGCCUGAGCAACCCGACGCUGAAGCCCAACCAGAGGGCCCGGCUGCUGGAGAGGUGGAUCGACGUGGCGCGGGAGUGUCGGAUCCUGAAGAACUUCUCGUCGCUGCGAGCCAUCCUGUCCGCCCUGCAGUGCAACGCCAUCCACCGCCUGAAGAGGACCUGGGAGGAGGUGUCGCGGGAAAGCUUCAGGAUGUUCCGCGAGCUGUCAGAGAUCUUCUCCGACGACAACAACUACUCCCUCAGUCGAGAGCUGCUGGUGAAGGAGGGAACCUCGAAGUUUGCGACUUUGGAAAUCAACCCCAAACGAGCUCAGAGGAGACACCAGCAGCAGAGAGACCUGGGAGUGAUGCAGGGGACAAUUCCUUAUCUGGGAACCUUCCUGACGGACCUGGUGAUGAUGGACACUGCCAUGAAGGACUACACUGAGGGUGGUCUGAUCAACUUCGAGAAGAGAAGAAAGGAGUUCGAGGUGAUCGCUCAGAUCAAGCUGCUCCAGUUGGCCUCCAACAACUACAGUUUCACUCAGGACAGCCACUUCAGAGAGUGGUUCGCCGGCGUGGAGAAGCUCAGCGAGGCAGAAAGCUACAAUCUGUCCUGUGAGAUCGAGCCGCUGUCGGAGUCGGCCAGCAACACGCUCAGAGCCAAGAAGAACGGAGGAAUCAUGAAGCGCUGGAGCGACCGGCAGCUGACAGAGGCCGGGUCCAGCAGCGCCGCCGGCUCUCACUCCAAGUCCUUCGACCACUCGCACUACCGGCCGUACCAAGGCAGUGGCAGUGGCGGCGGCGGCGGCGGCGGGGGGGACAGCGGCGACGCCCUCAGCGUCACCUCCGUCAGCUCUAGCGGGUCAGACCUGGAGGACGUCAACGCCAGCUUCCUGUCCGACUCACCGGAGGGACACGAGAGAAAGACGUCGACUCCUUCGGUGAAACUCACCGUCUCUGCUUUGGGGAGAGAAGCUCCGGCAGCGGAUACGACAUCAACGUUCUGGGAGUGCACGUCCCUCUCGUCCCUCGACACCUCCGGCAUGGGCUCCAGCUCCGGCUCGGCCUCAGGCUCCAGCACCGCGUCCUCGUCCUCCGUGUCGUCGUCCACACCGCUGUCGGCCUCCCGCUCGCACAAGCGCUCGGUGUCGGCGGUGUCAAACUACUCGACGCUGUCGCUGCCGCUGUACAACCAGCAGGUGGACGACUGCUGCAUCAUCCGGGUCAGUCUGGACGUGGAGAACGGGAACAUGUACAAGAGCAUCCUGGUGACGAGUCAGGACAAGACUCCAGCCGUCAUCAGGAAGGCGAUGAUCAAACACAACCUGGAGCGAGAAAAGACCGAAGACUACGAGCUGAUGCAGAAAAUCUCAGAGGACAAAGAGCUCCGGAUCCCGGACAACGCCAACGUCUUCUACGCCAUGAACUCCACUGCCAACUACGACUUUGUGCUGAAGAAGCGCGGCUCGGCCCGGCCGGUGCGGGCCAAGAACGUGGCCAGCUCGACGCUGCCUCGCAUGAAGCAGAAGGGACUGAAAAUCGCCAAAGGGAUUUUCUGAGGAAGAAAAGACUCGCCGCCUCCUGCCUCCCCUCCACCUCCCCAGCCCCUCACCACCCGGACCUCCAACCCUCUCCGGCCUCGGUUCUGUUCGCGUGAGGAGGAGAACCGACCCGAGGGACCCGUGUUGGGCCCGAGGAGAAGCUUUCUGUGGAUCGGAGCACCUUAUUAGCACUUAGCUGUCGGGACCCCGGAGUCGCCAGAAGGACGCGUUUUUCGGGGAUGUGAACUGACAGA